UUUUUCUUCUGGCAACACUGCUCAUUACUCACUACUCAGUUUGUUGACAAUUAUUGGAACAACAAUCAACAAUUUUACCUUUUCAAUAUUUUCUUGAAUUUGAAAUUUUGAUAUUUUGGAGACUUGUGAAGUGAAAUAUAAUAAUGCCUCCUGUUGAAGUAGAUGCCCCUCCUGUGGAAACACAGUUGAGGAGCCUUACACUCUCUGGCCAUGUAGGAUUUGACAGUUUACCAGAUCAACUGGUAUCAAAAAGUGUCCAGAACGGUUUUAUUUUCAAUAUUAUGUGCAUUGGUGAAACUGGAUUGGGAAAGUCCACUCUAAUGGAUUCACUCUUCAACACUAAUUUUGAAUCUAUUCCCAGUCCCCAUUCUCUACCCUCAGUUAAAUUGAAAGCUCAAACAUAUGAAUUACAAGAGAGUAAUGUACGUCUCAAGCUAACCAUUGUUGAUACAGUUGGUUAUGGAGACCAAAUCAACAAAGAAGAUAGUUUUAAAGCUAUUGUUGAUUACAUUGAUGCCCAAUUUGAAAACUACCUUCAGGAGGAACUGAAAAUCAAGCGAUCUCUAUCCACGUACCAUGAUUCGAGAACUCACGUUUGUCUUUAUUUCAUCUGUCCUACAGGACAUGGUUUGAAAUCGAUAGAUUUAGUUUGUAUGAAGCAGCUUGAUCAAAAAGUCAAUGUCAUUCCUAUUAUCGCCAAAGCUGACACUAUUUCAAAAACCGAACUGCAGAAGUUCAAGUCGAAAAUAAUGGCUGAACUACAGAAUAAUGGAGUGUCGAUCUACGAAUUUCCAGUUGAUGAUGAAUCUGUCUCUGAAGUAAAUACAAACAUGAAUUCUCAUAUUCCAUUUGCGGUCAUUGGUAGUACAGAUUUCAUAAGGGUCGCAAAUAAAAUGGUCAGAGCUAGACAAUAUCCUUGGGGUACGGUACAAGUAGAGAAUGAAACUCACUGUGAUUUUGUCAAACUCCGGGAGAUGCUUAUCCGUACUAAUAUGGAGGAUAUGCGUGAGAAAACGCAUUGUAGGCAUUAUGAGCUGUACAGAAAAAGGCGCUUAGAGCAAAUGGGAUUCAGUGAUGUGGACGAGGACAACAAACCAGUGAGUUUCCAGCAGACGUUUGAAACGAAAAGAUCGAACCAUCUUCAGGAAUUGCAGCAAAAAGAAGAUGAGAUGAGGCAGAUGUUUGUGGUUAGAGUGAAAGAGAAAGAAGCAGAAUUGAAAGAGGCAGAAAAAGAGCUUCAUGCCAAAUUUGAUAAACUUAAGAAAGAUCAUACUGAAGAAAAGAAGAAGAUAGAAGAUUCACGCAAGAAGCUUGAAGAUGAAGUUGUGGAAUUCAAUAGACGUAAAGCUCAGUAUCAGCAGAUGGGCCAGAGUCAUCACACUCUUACUCUUGGCAAAAGGUUUCAUUUUUAACGAAGAGGCCAAUUUUGAUUAAUUUUUAAAUUCGAAAUUUGUGUAGUUAGUUGUGUAGGUCAUAUUAUAUUUAUAAUAAAUUGAUAAUUCCAUAUGACAUGUAGGUAUGUUUUAGGUAUUGUCUAAGAUUACCUGUAUAACAUUUCACAAUAUGAUAUGUAAAUACCAAAGUUAGAAUUUUUAUAUGAUUUUUUAAGGGUUUUCUGUAAUAAUAUUUAUAUACUUAUUUCUUAUGUGUUUAUUGGAACCAUGACAUGAAUACAAAACCCAGACAUGAAAAA